AGUGGUGAAGGAAGAGAUCUCAGAUGACAAUGCAAAGCUCCCUUGCUUCAAUGGAAGAGUGGUGUCCUGGCUGGUCCUGGCUGAAAGCUCCCAUUCUGACACGGGCUCCCAGUGCACUGAGAGCCACACGGACCUUCCACCACCCCUGGAGAGGACAGGAGGCAUUGGAGACUCCCGGCCCCCAUCAUUCCACCCCAACGCUGCCAGCAGCAGGGAUGGCCUGGACAACGAGACAGGAACAGAGUCCGUGAUGAGCCACCGGCGCGAGCGGCACCGGCGGAGGAACCGCGAAGGCCAUGAGGACGUCCCCAGGAUCAAUGGGCACCCCAAGCUGGACAGGCACCGUGAGCAACCCCCUGGCUACGACAGCUCCUCCACCAUGAUGAGCAGUGAGCUAGAGUCCAGCAGCUUCAUUGACUCUGAGGACGAUGACAACACCAGCAGGUUGAGCAGCUCCACGGAGCAGAGCACCUCAUCCCGGCUCAUCCGGAAGCACAAACGCCGGAGGAGGAAACAGAGGAUGCGGCAGAUUGACAGGUCAUCUUCGUUCAGCAGCAUCACUGACUCCACCAUGUCCUUAAAUAUCAUCACUGUCACACUCAACAUGGAAAAGUACAACUUCCUGGGAAUCAGCAUUGUGGGACAGAGCAAUGACCGGGGUGAUGGUGGCAUCUACAUCGGCUCCAUCAUGAAAGGAGGGGCGGUGGCAGCGGACGGGCGCAUUGAGCCAGGGGACAUGCUGCUGCAGGUGAAUGAUGUCAAUUUUGAGAACAUGAGCAAUGAUGAUGCCGUUCGGGUUUUACGGGAAAUAGUCUCUAAACCAGGACCUAUCAGCCUAACAGUAGCCAAAUGCUGGGACCCUACUCCCAGGAGUUAUUUCACCAUCCCCAGGGCUGAGCCGGUGCGGCCGAUCGACCCCGCGGCGUGGAUCUCUCAUACCACAGCCAUGACGGGAGCGUACCCCCGUUACGGUAUGAGCCCCUCCAUGAGCAUCACCACAUCUACCAGCUCCUCACUAACAAGCUCAAUUCCCGAGUCGGAAAAAUUAGAAGAAUCUCCCUUAACUGUGAAGAGUGACAUGGCUACUAUUGUCAAGGUCAUGCAGCUGCCAGACUCAGGCCUUGAAAUUCGGGACAGGAUGUGGUUAAAAAUCACCAUUGUCAAUGCUCAUGUAGGAGCAGAUGUGGUGGACUGGCUUUACACACAUGUGGAAGGCUUCAAGGACCGCCGGGAGGCCAGGAAAUAUGCCAGCAGCAUGUUGAAACACGGCUACCUCAGGCACACUGUGAACAAAAUCACCUUCUCAGAGCAGUGCUACUAUGUCUUCGGAGACCUCUGUGGCAAUCUAGCUGCACUGAACCUCAACAACGGUUCCAGCGGCGCCUCAGAUCAGGACACCCUGGCUCCACUCCCACAUCCCGCUGCUCCCUGGCCCUUAGGCCAAGGAUAUCCCUACCAGUAUCCUCUGCCCCCUCCUUGUUUCCCACCAGCCUACCAAGACCCAGGCUUUAGCUAUGGCAGUGGCAGUGCAGGCAGCCAGCAGAGUGAAGGGAGCAAAAGCAGCGGCUCGAACCGGAGCACCAGCGAGACCAGCAGGAGAGGAGCGGGCAGGGAGAAGGAGCGCAAGUCGGGGGGCAGCGGCAGCGAGUCGGAGCCCGGAGCGCGCCGGGAGCGGCCGCUGAGCCAGCUCAGCCUGCGCAGCCAUGGCUCUGCCAGCGACAGGAGCCACCAGAGCCACCACUCGUAUGGGCCCCCAGGGGUGCCCCCCUUGUACAGCCUGCCCAAGCUGGGCUCCAAGGUGCUGGGCAGCAGCGGCCCGCCCGGAGGGCCCCCGGUGCGCGAGCUGAGCGCCGUGCCGCCCGAGCUCACCGGGAGCCGCCAGUCCUUCCAGAAGGCCAUGGGCAACCCUUGCGAGUUCUUUGUGGACAUCAUGUGAGAGGAAGUGCCUUCAAAAGACUCUGCACAUGAGGGUGGGAUUUUUUUUUGUGGGUGGGCGGGUUUGGGGGAGUCGUUGUGGGACGCUCAGUGGAAGAGGCUUGGCUGUCUUGCAUGUCACACCUUCCUGUUCGCAAGUGUGUAGCAGAAAACAAGUGGGCAAAACUGAACAAAAAAAAAAAGAGAAAAAAGAAAAAAAAAAUACAGAAAUUAACAACAAAAUCUCCUGGGAUUGUUAAAUAUCGAAAAAUUGCAAAUCAACAGCAUCUUUUCGUUAUCUUUGGUUUUUUUCCCCUCCCCAUCUCGUUUUGGAUUGUGAAUGGCUGGUGUAUAUUCACAUCUUAAUGAGCUUUGGUCAUUGUGGCACCUACUUCAGUGGAAUUAGUGUCUCUUUUUGGGCUGAUCAGAGGACUGGUAUUUCACAUGACUUCUAAAUUCCUGACAAUGCAUAGGAGCACUUUGAUUUUUUUCCUGCUUUUUCUCUUGCAAGGACAAAGCAACUGCUGGCUGGUAUCUGGGAUACUGCCUUGGAAUGCUGUUUCUUGGAUGCAUCCAUAGCUCUAAGCAGACAUGGCACCCACAAGUGCUUGGAAAGGAGUAGGAUCCAACCAAUUCCUAGAGGAGAACAAAGUUGUGGCUACUUCCUGCUGUCUAGGGAGUAUAAGUCAAUCUUUCUUGGGCUAUUUGAGGGGCUUUUUUUCAAGAUAUUCUCUCAAGGGAGUGCUGGAUUCUUGCUACUGUAUGUGUUCAUUGUGCAGAACUUAAACAAUUAUUUCCUUAUUUCCCAAGAGUGAAUUUCCAGCUGCACUCGGUUCCUGGGCAUUUUAGUCACAUCCCUGCUGCUAGGUGUGGCUGUUCCCUCUGGAUGUGCACUUGCUUGCAAGUUGGAAGAGUUAUUCCCACAGAAAUAGGAAAAUUGCUGCAGUUCUGUCAGCUUUUCCCUUUUGAAGGGGCUGUUUAUCCCAUUCCAGCAGAGGCACUGGGAAAUCCUGGCUCCCCCUGGGACGUGGCUCUUCAUUGUGAUCCCUCCUUCCUUUCUGAGCCGAAUCUUUCUCUUUUUUGUUGAAACAGAGACCUGGAGAUGUCUGAUCCCCCAGGGAACAUUUCUGAGCACAGUGGGCAGAGAGGUGUCAGGACGUCUGAGAACAGAUCAGGAAUGGUGCAAAAAGAAAUCCUUACCCCUCACACCAAGUCGGACCCACCCUGGAGCUCCUCAAAAAGAAAUCCUUACCCCUGACUCCUCCUGCUGAGUUGCUCUGACUGAAGCAACUGCUGUUGAAUAUCCCCAAGAUUUAAUUUCCGGCUAUUUUCUGCUCUGAGGCUCUGGAAAGUAAAUUCAGGAAGCUUCAGUGGUAUUUAAGCUUUUUUAAGGUAUGGUGAGCACAGCCAUGCUCUGCCACAGUGGCUCAUUUAACGAGACGAGCUGCAGCCACUCUGGCAUUUGACCACAGGGCCAUUCCUUAGGUAAAUCCUCUUUUGUGAAAUCCCUGCUGCUGGCAGGAUUGAGGAUAGGUGCUUUAAAAUCAGUCUUUACUGUAAAUAAGCAUUUUCUUCACUGGUAAGAAGCUUCUUUUUGGUCUGUUCUGUACUUUUUGGGUAAAUAGCCAAGGUGGAUGUGAAGAGAGAACGUCUUUCUCUCUAUACACACAGAGUUCAUUUGUCACCCUGAAAAUUGACUCUUCAAAAUGUCCAUUUCAUUCAGAUUUUUCACUUCUUUCCUUUUUCCCAUCUCUGUGUGCAAACACCUCACUUUGUCAGAGAUUCCAGAUGUUUGUGGUAAUGGGAGACUAAAUUCCUUCUCCCAUAGGGAGCCAGGCAUUUGGGAAACUCUGUCACUCGGCCCAUUUCUGGGCUUCUAAAUUAGUUUUCUUUGCAAAAACCUCCCCAGAAAGCUGCCCAAGGCUUCAGAAAGCAGAGCUUUCAUCACUAUCCAUGAAUGGCUCCUCCAAAAGAGGCCCUGCCUAAAGCUUGACUGUACAACAGGACUUUUCCUUCCUUCCUCCUCCCAGAUGCAAACCUGACUUGGUAAAUUAUUCUGAAAGAUUGACACUUAAAGCAAUGAACAGGGUAAAAUAAUGGUUGAAUUCUGCUCUGUCUCCAAGAAACACUGCUGAGGAGUCUGCGACUUUACUGACAGUCACUAGUGGUUCUGUUUUUAAAUUAAUUGAGAUUUUUCUGGCCUCUUUAAAUUAUGAUUUCUCUGGCCCUGUUUUAAGUAAUAACUCUGAGGGCUGGAGGAAAAAAAAAAAUCUCCUUAUAAUAUUUCCAAAAAAAGGGAUUAAAGCUGGGGGCUGUGCUUUCACCCAUGUGUAAUUUCCUCGUGUCUUUCCAAGAGUUGCAGUUUACACAUCUGCUGGGGGUUUGGUUUUGUCUUGUGGUUUUGCUGUUGGCAGAAACUGUUCUGUGUCUUGCUGGUCUUUGCUGCUAUGUUGAAAAAUGACUGUGUUCUAAACGUGUGUGCUUGUGGCUCACCCUGGGAUGAGGCUGGGAGUCCCUAACAGAUGUGGGAAAGCCUUUGCUGAGGGAAUCCGGUUGGAGGUGCUUCCUCCAGUGCAGGUAAAGGAUGCUCUGGGUGUUGUUCCAGAGGUGGAUCCUGCUGUUUCCAGAGAGAGCAGGAGGGAGCAGUGCCCCUCUUGGACAGUGCAAUAUUGAACAGUAAGACAAAUCCUGCAUUUCCCCACCGUGCACAUGCUGGGCUAAGCCAGUGGAAGGUCGGGCCUGAAUUGUUGCCAGAUCUCCAUUUCCUCAAGGGAACAAAGGCAGGAGAUUUCCCAAAUCCCAUCCUUGGCUUCCAUUCUUUAUGUCUUUCCAACCUUGGGAGCUCCCUGUGCAGCUCUCUCCUGUUGGGCCUGGCUUUCCCUGCAGGAACACGUGCCAACGAUGCCAGUGGAGAUGCCCACUGUGGGAAUUGUGCCAGAUGGAAGAAAAUUUGGAGGCUGGAGUGCUGCAGACCCAUCAUUUCUUUCCCACCAGGGCCUGACAUUUAAUUUUGAUUUAAUGGCCCCAGAGUGCUCUGGCUCCAGGGAGAGGUUUGCUGUGCAGGGAACGCCCUCAGAACAGGAGCCUGAAGUAAUUUGACAUUUUUAUUCUGAAGCUGAGCUCAGUGCUCACACAUCCCUGCCUCAGAUCCAGCAGCAGGGAUGUCUGGAGGAUCCUGAACGAGGGUGAGGAAACACUUUGGGAUGACAUCUCCCACCUGCAAGAGGCAGGAUCUGCAGGGGGAAUGUCUCACCCAGUAUUUAAACUCUGAGGAGUAUAUUCUUUGGCAAAUAGUCUUAAAAGCAUGCUGGUGUCUUUUACCUCCUGUUAAUGAAUCUGCUUUUCCAAGGAAACAGUCCCCUGGACAGUUUAUCCAAAGGUUUUAUUGGAUGGCAAGCAAUGAUGCACAGAUGUUGACUUUUGCUAUAAUUUUUGUUCUCUCCUCUCCUAAGACUUGACAGCUCAUGGGUUGAUGUAAUUGUUUUGGUUUUUUAUUUUGUUUCGCAUUUAACUGGAUUGUAAUAAGAUUGACUUAAAAUUAUUAAUUCUAAUCAGUGAUUAGAAAUACAUGUAAAGUAUUUUAUGUACAGUAGAGGAACAAAGUUACAUGAUUUUAAAUAAUGAAAACCCAGACUAUCACCUAUCCUAGAAUUGGUUCUACUCAAAGAGUGACCUCUUUAUUAGCAUGGACUGCACUGUUCCUGUUAAAUGUCUAUUGCAUAAUUGAAUUCUUUUUUGUAGAUAUUGUAUUAAAACCCAAGUGUCUGUAUAGUUAAUAUAUAGCUGCUUAUGUGUAAAUGCUAUUUUAAACACUAAAAAGCUUUUAAUUUUAUGUGAUAA